UCAUCCUGGAAUGUGUUCCGUGUAAGCACUGAGUAAAGAUGGAGUGCGUGAAUAAAGCGGGGCAGCUUAUGAGUCUGGCGGCUCUACAGCAGCACGACCCCUACAUAGUGAAACUGCUGGACGUCGCCGGACAGGUCGCGCUCUAUACCUUCAACUCCAAAGCAAACGAAUGGGAGAAGACUGAGAUUGAAGGCACAUUAUUUGUUUAUGCCAGGUCUGCAUCUCCCCAUCAUGGCUUCACAAUUAUGAACCGUUUGAGUACAGAAAACUUAGUGGAGCCCAUCAAUAAAGACUUGGAGUUCCAGCUCCAGGACCCUUUCCUCCUCUACAGGAACGGCAACUUGGGCAUCUACAGUAUCUGGUUCUAUGAUAAGGCAGACUGCCAGCGGAUCGCUCAGCUCAUGCUGCAGAUAGUCAAACAAGAGGCGCUGCGAGGGUCUCCUGACAGAGGUCUGAGCGGCAGGACCAAUGGUUGUGUUCAGCCCAGACCCACAGACAUCCUGGAGCUGCUGAGCAAGGCUAAAGAGGAGUAUCAAAGGAGUCAGUCAUUUGAGAGCUCUGAAGCUGUGCCGUCACAGGAGAAGAGAGAAGACGUCACGGCCGCUCCACACGAGAAGUCAGGUCACUCGGUAGUAAAGCAGAUCACGGUGGAAGAGCUUUUCGGCAGCUCUCUGCCCAAAGAAGCGUCCCAGUCAACAAGCUCCAGUGUGGGAGAAGGCCUGCGCGGGUCAGCGAUGGCCUCUGUGGAGCCUCUUCUCGCUCCUCGCCUCUCUGCUGACCCCGCAGGCCCGGCGCUGGUCUCUCUCUUUCAGGGUUGUGGCACUCGAGACCCAAGACCCGUUGCUUCAAGUACGGAGGACAGUCAGAACAGGUCCACCGGUCAGUCUGUGCGCAGAGGUUCGGCUGGUCCACCUCCUCCUGCGUAUAUAAGUCCUCUCACAGAUGGGCAUGGGCUGCCCGUGUCUCUGCCCGGGUUCAUGCCCCGCCCACUGGUCACCCCGCAGAGCUUCAGAGAACCUGCCUGUAAGGUUCCCGGGCCCUUCAUGGGCAAGGCUGCGUUGCCGGCACAGGCCAAUACAUCAAGCAAUGCUUUCAUGGGUAAAGAGGCGAGUGCGUUCACACAGCCCUCUGCUCUGGUCGUUCCAGCGGGGCCAGCUGUCCAGGGGGAGGAGUCUUCUCUGCUGCUGUCUCCUAGUGUGUUCCAGCAUUCAGUGACCAAGACGGCUGAGAAGAACCCUGCCUCCCCGACGUCCCCCACAGCAGACUCGUCCCUGUACAGCCGUACACAGCUUAAAGAUACACUCAUACAUCUCAUAAAGAAUGACGCCCAUUUCCUCAGUGCAAUCCACGAGGCCUACAUUCAGAGCCUCUCUAAAGGCCUCAACAACAUCAAGUUAUAGCCACAGACUAAAUAAGCUCAACGUCUCCGACUCGGUGAAGCCUGACUGUGGACUUCUGAUCGACUCUCACGUUUCCCAGGCCGCUGUGUGCUCUCCCUCUUCAGUCCUUGUUCAAGUCCAUCUGCCAACCUGUUUUCCGUUCCGGUCGUUUUCUCUGAGUGACUCUCAGUACAGUUACGUUAAGGGACUCGUGCAAUACGAAGCAUUGCUUCUUUUGGAGAAUUGCUUUUGAUUUAUGAUCCUGCCUUAGACGUGUGGAUAUGAUGCGGUAUCCCAGUCUCAGUAGUGUUUUACUGCUAAAUCAGUAUUGUGGUCUGAAACAUCGGGCUUAUAUCGAUCUUGAGUAGGAUGUGCACUUAUUUCCUUUCAUCUUACAAACGUGGUUGUUUCAUUUGGCCUGACAAUGAAUAAAGGUUAGAGAUAAACUUUUUUUUUUUUUUUUUUCUCUCUUGAUACCAGAGUUUUGUGCAGGUAGUAGACUCUGAGCAGUGUAUAUAGUUAUGGUGCCAUGUAUUACUUCUUAAAAUAGCAGACAGUUUAUUUAAAAUGAGAUGCAUCAGAUUCCCUGAAAAGUGUCUUGCUACUUAAAGAACAGCAGAAUGAUGAACUGAAGUCUGUUUAAACAAGAUAAUUUAACACAAGCCUCAAUUAAUAUAUCAUUAAAAGUAGAUUUUUUUUUUUCUGCUUUAGCUACUUGGUUUGUUUUUGACAGGUAUUUUUUAAUUCACACAUGGUUUAUGUACUUAAUGUUUCCAGCUGCCUGGAAAGGAAGUUUAAUCCUGUGUUUUUUCUUCUGUGCUUUUAUCAUGGAAAAUGUUAAAACCUCGUCAGUCAGUGUUGCGGCAGCUGCAAAGCUACAUACUCAUUUCAUGCAAAAGAACGUCUCUCAAGUGCUUCAGGAUAUUCUCUUACAAUGGUUUGUCUCGAGUUUAUGUGCAAAUAAACUAUUACUAAAAUUGA